AUGAGCUUUCCAGGGGACCUGUGGAUUAAGAUCAUUGAUUUUGCCAUCUCUUCGCAGAUUGCAUCUUGCGUCAAGGGCGACACGGACGAUGCGAAAUGUCGCGCUACUCAGGCAAUGCCGGAAGACAACACUUUAGCUCUCAAACUAUCAUGCCGCCAUAUUUACCAGUUGAUCCGAGCACUACACCGCGUUGAUGCUAUUGGUUCUAGAAGCCAGGCUAUAUUCCGUAUCAGUCUCCGACAAGACACACUUGGUGGUUUUCAUCACACUCUCCCGUCUUUCCAUGCCCGCGGUGGUGAGAACGCUCAUUUGCCCGUUCAGGAGCUUCCUGUGGUUCCACACCUUAUGGCACGCUUCAAUCCUUUAGAUGACCACCACUGGAAUAAUCAUCCCUUUCGAACCGACCUUACUCUCGGCCGAUUUCCUAAUGUCGCAAAACUCAGCUUAAUCCUUCCAACUGACCAACUGAAUUGGAUUAUUGAAGAACUGAAGCGAGAUGGGCCCGAAACCGACAUUUAUCGCAACUCAUGGGCUGACAAGUGGGGUCGCGGUCGUUGGAAACAGCACGAUCCAGGCUCAAAGGCUUAUGAAGAUACAGUGUAUUGA